AAUGAAUAAUCUAUAUGGCAAGCCUUUUUAUUUUUGGAAGUACAGAUAGAUUACAGACCAGAUACGAGCCGUUCUUUGUAUUUUGCUCCAAAUAUUUAUAUGAACGCUCGUACUCCUUUGGAUUUUUGAAUCAUCUUAGCCCCUAAACCUCUCUCUCUCUCUCUCUCUCUAGGGUUCUUUCUUUGCUCCCCCCACUGGUUGAAUGAUUAAAGAGCCAAAAAGUGGCAAUGACUGAAAACUCCAACAGAAGGAGCUUCACUAGAAAACCAAGUUCUGGGGUUAUUGUGAAGAGUGACUCUCCUUUGUCCUCCAAGAAAAAGAAUAGCAUUGAUCGUAUAGAAGAUGGACAUGCUAGAAUAUCUUCAACUGGCACUCGCAACAAACCCAUUAGAUCACGCAUUGAAAAGAUGGGUCCUAUCUGUAAAUCCAGAAAGGAGGCUGCUGCUUCUCCUUUUCUCCAAUAUUCUGUAGAAGAGGAUAUUGAUCUUGAUAAACAGUUGGCCAAGGAAAUUUUCCAUGACGAUAGGGAGUGUAUGUGGUUGUCUUCAGAUUGCACAACCCCUUGGUCAGGUUUUGAGGAAAAUAGGCUGUUUUCUCCAUGUUCAACUCUUGAGAAUCCCAUCCUAGAUGCAGAGAAGACUACCAAGAAUGAUUUGAAUGGAGGGAAGGUAGUUACAUGGCUACUGAGCUCGACUCUGAGUGAUGCAAAUGUAAGCUGUUCUGAGAAUGUUGAAUGGCGGUCCUGUGAGGAACCCAAAAGUCGUGACAACUCUUCAACUCCUCCUAGCAGCAUGCCCGAUGAAUCUUCUCAAAUUUUCUACCCGAACAGAACGGGUUUCCCGCCCUCUUUGGUAAAUCUUGAUGGUGAAGAUUCUGACUUGAUUUCAGAUAAAACUCUGGAGUUGGUUUACUUGCAAUCUGAUUUUCCUAGCCCGUCUUACAAGAACAGUUUGUUUUCAGAUGUUGUGUCAUCUAGUUCUAGUGUUUCUUCUCUCAGGGACAUUCGAGAUGAAAAAUCACCGUACGGUAGCACUUCAACUGAGCAUGUUUCUGAAGCUACUCUGGAAGAUUUCAAUUCUGAUGAACCAAUUUUUUGGCCCUUUGAACGGAAAUUCGAUUUGAGGUCUCAGGAGCCUUGGAUUUGGUUUUCUACUUCGCCUCGAAAGGACAUCAUAUCUCCUUCCAAAUCUGUUGGAGUAGAACUGCAUGCUAAAAGGGUUGAACCUAGAGGUUGUGGGAGAAGGCUUGAAUUUAGCUCAAGACGAACAGCUUCAAAGACACUAGAGUUGGAGCAACAAGACAGGUCCAAUGAUGUCCGCAGGAUCAAAACUGUGCCUUCAAGAUUGAGCAAAACAACCAAAAACGCCAUGAAAAUUGUGCCCUUAGAAAUGGAAGAUGACAUUCUAAAACCAAAAGAAGAUGGUUUUGAAUCAAACGAUAAACUACCGAUUGAAAAGGAAGUCUUUGUGUUGGAUGAAGAACUUCCAAUUGAGAAGCUGUUGGGUCUUGAUGAAUUCGACGGGCAUGAGGGAGUUGAUUCAGGAUUUGAUGGAGAUGUUUUCUCCUUGGAUGUGUCGCUCUGUUAGAUCAAACUCGGUUUUCUUCUGAGAGAGAGGACAGGACCAGGGUGUGCUAAUUUUUGUUAAGAGGAUAUGAGCUGUUUUUGCUUAUAGAUUUUUGUUAUAGAGAUACACCCUUUUAUGGGAAUUUUUCAUAAUAUUAGACAGAUAUUCAAACAUGAUAUAGGAAAAAGGAGAUCAAAUGGGGAUGCA